AUGGGUGUUUUCCACUGUGUGAUCUCCGUGCGGGCUUUGCAGAGGGAGAAACUGAGCCUGGGGGUGGCUGGGAUCUUGCAGAAGUUUCUGGAGAAGAUUGAGCUGGCGCUGAAGUCUUUGGGAAGUGAGGGGCUGUUUCUCUUUUCUUCUCUGGACACAAACAAUGAUCUGUACCUCAGUCCAGAAGAGUUCAAGCCGAUAGCUGAGAAGCUGACGGGGGUUGCUCCCAUCUCCGAAUUUGAAGAGGAGGAGACGCCUGAUCCAAGCGGGGAGACCUUGUCCAUUGUGGCUAAAUUCCAGCCUUUGGUCAUGGAAACGAUGACGAAGAGCAAAGAUGGUUUCUUGGGAAUUUCUCACGUCGCUCUGUCUGGGCUGAGGAAUUGGACUGCCCCAGCAACCCCUAUGAGCGCGAUGCUUGCCAGGCAGUUUAAAGCCUUUCUUCCUCCAAAGAAUAAACUGGAUCUUGGGGAUCCAUGGUGGAUAAUUCCUAGUGAAUUGAACAUCUUCACUGGGUAUCUUUCCAACAACAGAUUUUACCCUCCGCCUCCCAAGGGCAAAGAGAUCAUAAUCCACAGGCUUUUGAGCAUGUUCCACCCACGCCCCUUUGUAAAAACCCGCUUUGCUCCCCAAGGAGCUGUGGCCUGUAUCCAAGCCAUCAGCACCUUCUACUACACCAUAGCAUUCAGGAUCCACGCUGAGUUCCAGCUGAACGAGCCACCAGACUUCCCCUUCUGGUUUUCCCCAGGCCAGUUCACAGGUCACAUCAUCCUCUCCAAGGAUUCUUCCCACGUCCGAGAGUUUAAGCUCUUUGUCACUAACAACAGGUCUCUGAACGUUGAUAUGGAGUGGCUGUAUGGGGCGAGUGAAAGCAGCAACAUGGAAGUGGAUAUCGGUUACCUGCCUCAGAUGGAGCUGGAAUCAACAGGGCCGUCAAUCCCCUCUGUGAUCCAUGAUGAGAACGGAAAUGUGAUUGACAGCAGGGAUCCCUCAGGGGAGCCCAUCCAGUUUGUGUUUGAAGAGAUAACCUGGCAGCAGGAAAUCCCCUGGGAAGAGGCAGCCCAGAAACUGGAAGUGGCCAUGUAUCCAUUUAAGAAGGUCUCUUAUCUUCCCUUCACACAAGCUUUUGAGAGAGCAAAAGCAGAAAAGAAGCUGGUGCACUCGAUCCUGCUGUGGGGCGCCCUGGACGACCAGUCCUGCUGAGGUUCGGGGCGAACUCUCCGGGAGACUGUCCUGGAAAGUUCGCCCAUCCGGUCGCUGGUGAAAGAGCUGGAAGAGCUGCAGACCAACAGAGAGAAUGAGUUCUACAGCAAGCUGGCUGACCUGCACCUGGAGAAAUACAACUUCCCUGUGGAGAUGAUCAUCUGCCUCCCCAAUGGCACAGUGAUUCACCAUAUCAAUGCCAACUACUUCCUGGAUAUUACUUCUAUGAAGCCUGAAGAUGUUGAAAGUAGCAUCUUUAGUUUCUCAACCAAUUUUGAAGACCCUUCAACUGCAACUUACCUCCAGUUCCUGAAGGAAGGACUGCAAAGAGCAAAACCAUACCUGCAGACCUAAAAACAAAGGCACCCAAAUGCCCCACAGAGAUGGCCAAAGACUUCAGAGUUCUAUUUUGAUUACAGAAAUUCUUCCUCAUCUCCAUGCCAGACGUUGAUGUUAAGAUGCAGACAGUCCCAGGCCUGGGGCUUUGCUCUGGAUGUUGGUUUGAGGCUAAGUUUCAAGUGAUACCAGUUUACAUAACCUGCCCUUUUGAGUUCAGGCAAAUUUUUACAGGAGUGAAAAUACUUGAAUCUAUAAACAUUAUUGGUGCAUACACCUUGGUUUGCCACCCACCC